AUGAAAUUCACUACCAUCCUCCUUGUCUCUGCAGUGCUCUUCUCUUCUGUGUUAGCUGCUCCAGCUGCUCCAUCAGCUGAAAUAAGCCUUGGUGCAGGUACUAAUGCAACAAACGUGCAAGCUGCACAACCUAUCAAUGAUGCCAUGUCGGGCGCUGCUGCUUCGGCUAGUAUCUCUAUAAAUAAUGAAUAUGACGCCAAUGGCCAAAGCUCAGCAGCAUCUGAGCGCAUUUCUGGUUCUUUUAUAGCUUUUCCUUUAGCUAUUAAACACUAG